UUUUUCUGACAUGGGUCUUCUUCUUCUUCUUCUUCGUCUUAAGAGUUGAAUUUGAGAGCUGUAACAUUUAUCUUGUUGGUUUAGUUGAGCUCUUUGGAUCCAGCAAGAGUCAAAUGAACACAAUUUGAAAGUGAUGGCGGGGGCAGAAGCAAGGGCCUUGUGGCAGAGAACAGCUAAUAGGUGUUUCGUCCAAGAAGACGCAAAAAGAGCUCCCAAAUUAGCUUGUUGCCAAUCCUCAUCUUCAACAACCAAGCAAGUGGAUGCUGGGCCUGCCACUGCUACAGAGGGAUUAGAUCAUCCUGGUGCUGGCUUCAUGCCUAUUAGUAGGAAUCGUUCAUAUUCCAAUCUACCCCCAGACACAAGAUGGUGGCUGCAAAUGCAACCUAACUAUUGCUACCAAAAAGAUUUGACCAAUGAACAGUUAAAUGCAUUGGAAACUGACAUAGAAACAUUGAGAGCUGGGUUUGUAAAACCGACAUCCAAAAACAGUGAAGGAAAUCAACGUAAAGGAGAAUAUACUAAUGGUGAUUGUAUGAAGACAGGUUAUGAAGUCCAAAAGAAAGAUGUAGAUGCCGAAUAUGGUGAGAAUAUGCAGGGACUUCAGUACAAGGUCAUGAGGGAAAAAUAUGAAAAAUUGGGGAUGGACACCAUUAAUUGCCCAGAUUCAAAACAGCUGAAGGAGAUAUCUUAUGAACCAGAAUAUCCUUGGAUGGGAGGUGGGAGGACUGAACCUUGGUGGCGGACAACUGAUAGAGAUGAACUGGCCUCCUUGGUUGCACAGAAGUCACUUGACCAUAUUGAGAACUGUGAUCUUCCCCCACCUCAGAAACUGUAUCAUAAGAGACAUCCAUAUGCUGGGUUUUCUGACCAUGAUGGGAUACUGGGGACAUCUUUAGAAAGGAAGGUUCAAGCCAGUGGUCUUCCCAAGGGUUCUGCUGAUAUUGGGAUAAUACGUGAGAAGAAUGGAGACACAGCUGAUGAGGAACAGUCAAAUUCAUCAUUUAGGGAUCUGAUAGAUCUGCAAAAACUUACUGAGGGUGACCCAACCAAAGCUCAGCUAAUCGAAGCACUAUGCCAUUCUCAAACACGAGCAAGGGAAGCUGAGAAGGCAGCCAAGCAAGCUUAUGCCGAGAAGGAACAUAUUUUUAAGCUCUUUUUAAAACAAGCGUCUCAGCUCUUUGCCUAUAAGCAGUGGUUCCAACUGCUGCAGCUGGAAACCCUUUAUGUGAUUAAGAACAAGGACCAGGGAGGGUCCUCUGUUCUACCAGUGAUCCUUCCUUGGAUGUCAAGCAAAGGCCGGAAAUCACGCAAGAGCUGGCGUAAAGUUCCCAAGAGUAAAAGAAGCAGGCGGGUUGACCCUGGAUACGACAUUACCAAGUAUGCUGUCGCUCUUGCAUUGGGGUUCGGUCUUGUUGGUGCUGGCUUGUUCCUAGGAUGGACUGUGGGGUGGAUGUUACCUAAUUUGUAGGCUUGUUAAGUAGUGCUGACCAAUUUAUGCUUCCUCUAGUGAGAUUGUUCAAAAUUCCAUCUGUUGGUAAAUCUCCUCACCUGUGUAUUACAUUCGAGUGUAAAUUUCUGAGGUUUGUGCAAAUCAUGUGAUUACUGGAGAGAUUCUGUAAAUUCUGCUUGAGGCUCAAUAUGUGCAUCUUGCGUUUGAUUGUA